UAUAUGGGUGGAUAAUUUUUUUAUAUAUGUAUGUAUACACGUACAUGUACAUAAUCUCUAUAUAUAAUUCUUUUUCAGGUUCUUGUUGGUUUGUUUUUGUUCAUAUUUUUUCAAUACAAUUUAUGCUGGUAUUCCGGCGUUUUUGAAGGGGCCCUCUCUUGCCCUGGUGAUAAUUCGGUUGUGUUUUUGAGUGUACUUUUCUUUGUUCGUUCAAUAAGGAUUGUUGAUUCCCGUUUGUUAAUUAAUAAAUAUGUUUGCUUAACAACUUUGGACGUUUGGCCGUGUUGUUUGAAAAAUGGACAAAUGACUCUCGGAGACCGUAUGUUUUUCCCAAGAACAGGUUUUAGACGGUGUGGCUCCCAAUCAGGACAAUGGGACUCUUCUAUGACCUAUAGUAAGUAGUUGUAAUUUGUUUUCUUUCCCACCGGAGGGCGCCAGUGUACGUGUUUUGCCCCGAGGGGAGAUUAGUUUAUCACCAAUACUUUAAUAAUUUACUUUUUAUUAUACUGGUGAGCUAAUAGGAAUUAUUGGGGUUAAUAUUGGGGGUUUUUGGGCUACUGGAUGAAUUUAGGGAUUAAUUUUAAUUGUUUAUUUGGGACGUAAAUAAACGUUACAGGUAGAUAGCGCCGUUUCGGUCGCCGCUACGAUGACGUAGCAACGCCUGAUUGGCUUAGAAAAUAGCCAUGUGGGAGUCGGGGCGGAAGUAAGCACGCGUCUAUGCAAGUCAAUGGCUGGCUGCUCAAUGGAGUAAAACACGGAAGUGCCGUCGUUCAACUUUUGACAUACGUAACAGAAGGAAGGAAGGAAAGUUCCAUUUUGGGCUGCCUGACUGGCCUAUGGAAGUGGGGAGAAAUCAUGUUUUAAAAUUAACUUUGCGCGAUUAGUCGGACAUAAGGAGUUUUGGUACAGAGAUGCCGCGCACGGCUACUACAAUUCCCGUGAGGCUUUGCGCGGCCUGUGGCCGACCAACCGGAAGCGCCCCGAGGGGCUGGAUUACUAACGGCGCGAUCUCCAUUCGUCCUGUCACGUUCGUGUCGGCCCGCCGUGCGCCAGGGAGACAAGGGAAAUGGCGGUGUCAGACUUUGCGAAACCGGCGACCUUUGUGGCCCGGGUGAAUCCGAUCGCGGUGAAAAAAGCGAUCGCUGGAAAUUCAAGUGGAAACACACGAACGCGGAAGUGCGUUAGCCGAGUCGAUGCUCGGAUCGCGGACACAAUGGUCAGAUCUUCCUAGCGCGAAGGCCUUGUUGUGCUACGGAGUGAAAUCACGCGGGCCGUUAACGUCUAUUUGCGAAUUCGCGCGACGUAAGAAGCCAUGUGUAAAAAGCAUAAAUGCCGUGGAGGGCGACUACAUCUCCCAGAGGGCUUUGCGAGAAUGUAGUCCAGGCGACCGGAAAUGACGCGAAGAGCCCGACCGUCGGGGGCACGAUUCUUUCCGAACGGAUACGAAGAUGUGCCGCUGUAUGAGACAUAAACAUGGUAAAAAAGCGACGACUGGUGUCGAACAGAGGCAAUUGUAAUUGCCCUAAAAAAUGAAAUACAAAAACACGUAUACUGUCAAAACAAGAACACGGGAAAUCCAGUGAGAGGCUUCCGCGGCGAUCCGAACGCGAGGACGGACGAACGAACCGCUGGGGUGCUGGAUAGACACCGUUCGGUUCGAGUUUGAAACGAUGUGCCGCGGUGACGCCCGUGAAGGCGACUACAUCUCCCGUGAAACCUUGCGGCUUCCGACGUCGGCCACCGGAGGUGGGCGGGGAAAGUCAAGUGGCGUGAGGGCGUUCUUUCCCGAAGUUCUCCGAUGCGACCGAACUAUUUAACGUGCGACUAGAGGUACUUAGCUCGGAGCCCCUUGGACGACAAGUGGUCGUACAAAAAAACGAGGUGAGUACACUACUAAAUGAAAACGGAAAUAAUGACAUAUUGGUGCGUAUUAGUCACGGCUGCGGCCACGUAUUUUAGCAAGGUCCGUGCGGACUCGUGCACUUGCCCGAGGGCGGGCAAAAAUGGCGGGGAUGGUCAAUUAUGGCGGGACGCCAGUCAGGUGAGUUGGGGAACGAAUAGAACUCCCGCAAAAUGCGCGGGGAGAUGGAAAUAAUUUUUUUAACUUCUAACUGGACAUAUUAGGCCCCCUUUUUUUUCUCAUACUGGGGGACACCGUAGCAAUGUGCGGUGGGGAUGCUUGUUUUAGGAGGAAUGAACGGUGGUCCUGCUACUUGAAAUAGGUGAAGUCUACCGUGAAGUUGCACAUAAGUCGAGCGGCUAUUGUAUUAUGGGACUAGAGUCGGAAUACUGAAGGGCGCCGACAGUUGAACUGUGGGAGGCUAGAGAAGGAAUUUAUGGGGGGAACGGGCUAAAGUCCUAUUUGGCGUGACGUUUUAUCGCUUCGUCUAAGACCGAGGUCCUGCUCUGCUCUGCUGCCCGGUGGGAGAAAGUCGGUGAACCUACGCCGUCGACGACCGGGACCGGAAGGCGGUCCGCGAAGGGCGAAGCAGUCGAAUCCCGACGCGAGAGGCCACGGUUACGGGCGACGCCGCCGCUGAAGUGCCGUGACUCGGCGAGAGAAAAUUGAUGAAAACAAGACUGCGAAUACACGGAAAACUUCGCGGUGAGAAUGGAGGGACGGGGUAAACAACUGGCGACGGGGGAUCUGAAAUUUCUGGCCAGACUGAUGACAAGGUUCAUCAGGACGUCACACCAUCUUGAGAGUGUGGCGGACGCCGACCGCCCGCCAUGGGGCAUUCGACUCCUGGAAAAAUCACUGGUAGAAGGGGUCAAGCCCUCCAAUCCGAAUGAGAAAAUCAAUACAUUGACCAAGUACAAUGCUAAGAAUUGGGCGUACGUGACACAACAGUCGCUCUUCGAACAUUAUUCGGAAACUUUGGCGUCGCUUAAAAUUGAACUCGGCAGGUUCAAAAAUGCACGCUGGCAAGACGCGCUGUCCUUGGCGGUGAAGUGGGCUAGAUUAGAUCUAGACACUCUACGGCAGGCCACUCUGGCGAAGGCGAGCGCGGAAAUUGAAUUUAUUAUGGGUGUAGCGGGAGCUCAGCCCCCGACAGGUAGAUGGGACACCCCGGUAGAUAGGCCGGACGCGUCGAUUCCAGGUCCGUCGACGAGACCGAUGGUCUCCGCGUACACGCAAACGGACGCCUGGACCCCGGAGGGGCCGAGCAACGCCGAAGAAACGCGGCCGUCCACGUCGACCGCGAACCCUGGGGCGCCGACCAAAAGGAAGCCGAACGACGGACCCGAAGAGAACCUGGCCCUCGAAAGUCACGGAAAAAAGAAGAAACAGAAGUCGGUAAGAACGACCGAUGAUGACUUAGAUCUGGAUGCACUGCUUGCAGAAUACACCCCGCCGUUAGAAGUCCUGUUGGGACCGGAGGAGCCCUCCGACCCCCUGGUCGAGGCCCUCGAAAGGGCGAUCACGCCCACCUUGCCGGAAAUCGACCUGAUCUCGGACGACGCCCUGAUGGAAGUGGAGGAAGCCCCGCCUUGGGACAUCGAGACGGUAGACACGAGCACGGUGGUGAUGACCUCCCCGAUCCUCGAGAGCCUGAUGGCGCCGUCCCCGCCUCGCGGGGACAUGAGCGAGACCCCCGGUGGAAAACCGCAGAGAGCCCUUGUCCCGCGAGCGCUUCGCAUGCCGGACGAAGCGGCCCCUGGACGUCCGGUGGAGAAAGAAGGCGAGUGGGGUGUCAGUAAGGGGGAGGGCGUCAAGUUGCGAAUUGACGGAAUGCAAUUGUUUAAAUUUCACGACCAUAAGGGUGACAAAUACGGGAAUUGGGACCUAGUGGUGGAUAGGCCCAUAUUAAUCAUGGGCGAUUCAAACAUCUCUAGGCUACCGGGAGUCAGAAACACGAACGUUCAAAUGGACUCCUAUCCGGGCGCCAAAAUGAACCACCUGGUUCACGUUCUGGCCUUCAGAACCAAAAUAGUGGUCCCUCCCAAGAAAGUCAUCCUUUCAGUAGGCCUGAACGACAGAAACCAAACGAACCCCUCGAAACUCAGAGAAGACGUCAAGAAUCUGGCCGAGGUGGCGAAGAAGACUUUCCCGCAGAGCGAUAUAGGUAUCCCGAGAAUAAACCACUCGCCGUUAAUGACCAACUUCGUACGGGCCAAAAUAGAACAGCUCAAUUUUAUGAUAGGAGAGACAGGUUACGGGAUCCCUAAAUUGGGAGACCAAUUAUUUGAGACGCUCGGGGACGGGAUCCACUGGUCCCCAGCCACGGCCAAAAAUAUGUGGGCCUUGUGGUACGAAGGUUUUUUGGAAGGGGGACGUUUGUAGUGUCUCCGGGUUUUCCGAAUAGGAAAACUUACGGCUGGACCCGUCCUCCCCAAAAAUAUAAAAAAUAAUUUUUCCACCACUCUCUGUCCCUUCGUAAAAUUGAGCUCUUUGUUCGUGACGUUUGCAGCCACGCACCCGCCGACACGGUUUAUGCCUCGCUUCCGAGUGCGAUGCCCGUUGGGCUGUUUUUGCUUUCUGUGUUUAUAACUGUGCGAUUUUUGAGUUAAGAGGACUUUGGUGGGCUUUUCUUGUUUUCAUGGGACGGUUUGGUUUUGUUUCAAGGCUUGUAAGAAAAGGUUUUUUUUUUUUUUUUUCUUUCUCGGAUUGUUUUUUUUCAUAUUGUACCAUAUGUAUAUGGGUGGAUAAUUUUUUUAUAUAUGUAUGUAUACACGUACAUGUACAUAAUCUCUAUAUAUAAUUCUUUUUCAGGUUCUUGUUGGUUUGUUUUUGUUCAUAUUUUUUCAAUACAAUUUAUGCUGGUAUUCCGGCGUUUUUGAAGGGGCCCUCUCUUGCCCUGGUGAUAAUUCGGUUGUGUUUUUGAGUGUACUUUUCUUUGUUCGUUCAAUAAGGAUUGUUGAUUCCCGUUUGUUAAUUAAUAAAUAUGUUUGCUUAACAACUUUGGACGUUUGGCCGUGUUGUUUGAAAAAUGGACAAAUGACUCUCGGAGACCGUAUGUUUUUCCCAAGAACAGGUUUUAGACGGUGUGGCUCCCAAUCAGGACAAUGGGACUCUUCUAUGACCUAUAGUAAGUAGUUGUAAUUUGUUUUCUUUCCCACCGGAGGGCGCCAGUGUACGUGUUUUGCCCCGAGGGGAGAUUAGUUUAUCACCAAUACUUUAAUAAUUUACUUUUUAUUAUACUGGUGAGCUAAUAGGAAUUAUUGGGGUUAAUAUUGGGGGUUUUUGGGCUACUGGAUGAAUUUAGGGAUUAAUUUUA